GCCGCCGCUGCUUCCUCAGCUGUGCGUUGCCGGCUUUGCCUGGAGUGCUGUCCUGCUGGCCGCCUGGGGAUUGUUUUUUGGUUUCUGCGCCCGCCCGAGUCUUUUUUCCCUUCCCCCUCAUUCGCUUGGAGGGCGCCCCUCAGGCCAGCCUCGCUGCCCCAUUCCGUGCCGGCCCCUCUCUUCCUUUCCUCCCCUCCUCUCCGUCCCCUUCCUUCCCUCCAUCCUCCUCUUCCCUCCUUCCCUCGCCAUGGCCACCCGCUCGAGCCGGGAGAAGGCGCAGAAGCUGAACGAGCAACAUCAAGCCAUCUUGGCCAAGCUCCUGAGGGAAGAGGACAACAAGUACUGCGCCGACUGCGAGGCCAAGGAUUUAAAACAAGGACAAGGGACUAAAUUCAUGGAUGGCAUUUUUCUUCAUUGUCAAACUUUGUUUAACACAUUUAGUGGAAAUUUAAAUGGUCCAAGAUGGGCUUCUUGGAAUACAGGUGUCUUUAUUUGUAUCAGAUGUGCUGGUAUACAUCGAAAUUUGGGAGUUCAUAUAUCCAGAGUCAAGUCCGUCAACUUGGACCAGUGGACACCAGAACAAAUACAGUGCAUGCAGGAGAUGGGAAAUACCAAGGCACGGUUGCUUUAUGAAGCCAAUCUACCAGAGAACUUUCGAAGACCUCAAACAGAUCAAGCUGUGGAAUUUUUUAUCAGGGAUAAAUAUGAGAAGAAAAAAUACUAUGACAAAAAUGCAGUUCAAGCCACCACUAUGUCUUCCUCUGAUCCUCCUCAGGCUCUGGCUUCUUCUCCUUCUCUGCAAGCUGCUUCUGAGAAAAGCAAAAUAGAGAAGGAGAAGGAAAAAAAGAAGGAAGAGAAAAAGAAAGAUAGAGAACCAGAGAAACCUUUGAAAUGCCUAGGAGUUGAUAAACCUUUGAGGAAAGAGGAUCAGCAACUGGAGCUUAAAGCCAGUCCUAAGAAGGUACAAGAACCCACUGUUGAUCUUUUGGGACUUGACGGCCCUGCUGAUUCCUCUAUCACCAAUGGAAGCACUGUCACUCCUGCUGCAGUAUUGAAUGAUGACUUGGAUAUUUUUGGCCCAAUGAUUUCUAAUCCAUUGCCAGCCACAUCUGCUCCUCCUUCCCAGAAUGCUUCCACCAACCCAGUAGUUUCCACUUUAUCUGCUGCAUCAGGAGAUCUCAAUCUGUUCACUGAACAAACAAAAUCCGAAGAGUCAGCAAAGAAACUGCUUUCCAAGGACUCCAUCUUGUCACUGUAUGGUACCGGAACUAUGCCAUCACAAAAUGCUCCAGGUGUAUUCAUGGGACCACAGCCUUUGGCCUUUCCUACACAGCCAGCAGCACAUUUCCAGGGGUUUCCUGCCAUGGGAGUGCCUGUACCGGUCUCUGUACCUGCAGCUCCUGCGAUGAUGGGGAACAUGAUGGGACAGUCCGUGCCUGUCAUGGGACAGAACACAGGCAUGAUGGUGGGUGGCAUGGGGAUGCCUAAUGGCUUUUCUGUCCCGACACAAACUGCUCCUCUGGGACUUCCUCAAAAUGUUGGUGGGCCCCAAGGAACGAUGGUGGGGCAGGUAGUCCCACCACAGAAAUUUGGUAUGCAGCAAACUCAACCAACUCAGUGGAAUCUUUCUCAGAUGAAUCAGCAAAUGGCUGGAAUGAAUCUGAGUAGUUCUGGGAACAUGAUGGGCUUUGUCCAGCCCCCAAACACUGUGGCCGGAUGGACUGGAGGUUCCUCAGGCCAGACUCUCAGCACACAACUCUGGAAAUGAAAACUGCAAUAGAGCUUUCAUCUAGAUCAAGACCUGACAUUCCAUACUCAGAACGCAUCUAGUUUUCCUGAUCUGUCCAUGUACAUUUUCCCUUGUUCCUAUUAAGAAGUAAUAUUAACUGACCGUGUUGUGGUCUGUAUUGACUUUAAACAAUUUUGAUGUAGUGAAAAGCAGGUUGAGAACACCUAUCAUGGGCAGCUUUCUUUGUUCCACAGUGCAUUUGAUCUCACGAAGCAUAUCUUACAGAAAGCUGUCUGACCAACCACAUAUUCAAAUUAUUUUUAUCAGUUAUAGAUCCAAUGUUUCCAUAUAAGGGGCAAUAGAUAUCAUGAUAGUCCUAUCUUUAAUAUGUAAACGCCGCCCUUCAAAUUACCCAGUAAUCCUGUAGAAGGUACUGUAUGAACAAAUGUUAAUCAUAUAAAUAAGAGUGUAUAUGUAUCACUGGAGAAUGUUUUUUCCUUGUGUAACAAUGAUUUUUGUUUCCUUAUUUACUUCACUGUGAUAUUACGAUGAUGUGCUGAACAGAGGAAAAUAAGUGGUGGGUGAACAUGAUAUAAACCUGGAUGUCACUGUGACUCCAUCCGUUUCUUUUACCACAGCAGUUAAUUAUUUGGUUUCCUGUGUCGAAACACACAAUUUGGCUACAACAGUGUGUACAGCAGGCUAAUCUCAAGUAUGUGAUACAACAUACAGACAGGGUAACUUGCGCCACUGAAUAUUUUAAUUUUGUCUUUCCAGCUGUAUCCAGGUUUAUGCCAGUAAUUGUGUUUACAUUUUAUGGUGCCUCGUACUGAUGAGCUGUUGCUUCCCUAUAUUAAAUAAAUCCAUACAUAUUCUAAGAUUA